GUGUCGUAAAGCUCGGACCUAUUGGGGUAUUAUUCCAGAGAGCAGGUUAUGCGAGUAUAUGUUUACUCAGAGUAAACGGAUAACCGCAACUUUUGGUUCCCAAAAAGUGUCCCUGGCUGAAGCAGAUGAGAAACAGCAGGAGGCUGUGGAGACCACUGAUCCGCUGGAAGUGGAGAAGUCUAACCUGAACGUACAGGUGGAGAUACUGCAAGGAAGAUUGCAGCAAAUGGGGAAAGUGCUCCAUGAGUCUUACAGGUGGUCUGCUGAUGAAAUGAAUGAGAUUCAUAUGAAGGAGGAUGAGAUGAAGAAGAGUGUGAUGCAAACAGUGAAGGUACUGAAGCUCUCCCUGGCUGAAGCAGAGGAGAAACAGCAGAUGGCUGUGGAGACCAUUAAUCAGCUAGAGGUAGAGAAGUCUGACCUGAAGCACCAGGUGGAGGAACUGCAAGGAACAGUGCAGGACAUGGGGAACGUGCUAACUGAGACUGAAAGGGAGUGUGACAAGUUAAUUAACCCUCUUACAGGGUCAUGGACCGGGGCCCCAUUGGACAGCCCGAGGGAGCCAUCAGAGGCCCACCUUGGGGAAAACAAGUAUGUACUGGCCCUCUGUCUCACAUCCAGCUCAAGUCAAGAGUUCAAAGAAUGGACUUUAAACCAGAAUGCAGUGUAUGUGUAUAUGUGUGUGUACACAUGUGUACAGAGAAGGUUCCCUACCAGCACAAUGUCACGGCAGGGCUGGAGUCGGGCUGAGAAGAUGAGAGGGUCAGGCAGCGGGGUGCUCGGCCAACAGAGCCCCGUCGCUCACAUGAAAGGUCAGCAGGAGAGGAGAGAACCCCAGACCCAGACAUAACACACGGAUCAGACUGCCCCCCGUGUCCCCUGAGAACUCCACCUCACCCCCACCACCGUCCAGCUGGAAUGUGCCUGCUCAAGUACAAGGGCCAGCAUUGACUAACAGUGGAGGAAAGGAACAAGUAAACUAACAUAAAAUACCCCCCCCCCCACACACACACACACACAC